AUGCGGGAGGUGAAGCUGGAGCCCGACGUCAUCAGCUACAGCGCUGGCGUCAGCGCGUGCGAGAAGGGCAAGCAGUGGCAUCGGGCGCUGGCGCUGUUGAGCAAGAUGCGGGAGGUGAAGCUGGAGCCCACCGUCAUCAGUUACAGCGCUGGGAUCAGCGCGUGCGAGAAGGGCGAGGAGUGGCAGCGGGCGCUGAUGCUGUUGAGCGAGAUGCGGAAGGUGAAGCUGGAGCCCAGCGUCAUCAGCUACAACGCUGUGGUCAACGCGUGCGGUAAGGGUGGGCAGUGGCAACUGGCACUGAGCAUGCUCAGAACCAUGCGUUUGAGAAAGUUGAACGUUGACUUCAAUGUCUACGGGGUUACAGCCAGCAUGUGCGAGCAAGGCGGGAAAUGCAGCCAAGCGCUGUCCCUAUUCAGGGAAGUGUAUGUCCUACUUACCGGAGGCUGA